AAUGUGACGUGUUGUGAGAGCCACCAGUGUUUGGUUGACUGGUUUACUGUGAACUCUUCUCUGCUGUACACCGCACGGGUGUACGAAUUUUACAAGUCGGGUAGGUGGAGUUCAUUAUAAAGAUCUGGCAACCCUAUCCGUCGUCAUCGCUACAGUAAUGGCAGCGCCCUCGUGUAGUGCAUGUGCAUGAGGAACAGUUUUUACGAGUUUCAACUUCUUACAAAGGUUGAACGUUCAAUAAAGAAAAAUGAAUACCAAAAAUAUGAAGGUGAAGAAGCGCUUUGGACCUUCCAAAAGAGGGAUCCUUGUAAAGGGCAAAUGGAAGCCUGUGGAGCUCGAGCCCAGCAUUUUUGCUAAUGAGGCCAUGGGAGAAGUGGUGUGUUUUGAAGAACUCUCAGAUUAUUCCCUGGUUGAUUCUGAAAAGGCUGCAGCCAUGAUUGGGCUGUUACAGGACACAACUGCCAGAACGAAGCGGAAAGAUAAGAGAAAAGCCAGUGAAAUUGAAACUGAAGAACAUAAGUUAGAGGGAGAUCAGGGUAAAGUCCUACAGCUGUCAUCUGAAGAGAGUCCGGCUAAGAAGCGGAAAAAGAAAAAGAAGAAACGUGAGAGUGAUGUGUUCACAGAUGAUGAUUACGAUGACAUAGAUUGUUUGGCUGAAGAAGGAGAGGGCAAGACACCACAAGACUCUGAUGAUUAUACUGAGCUUACAGCAGAGACAACACAAAAGACCAAGGAGAAGAAGAAGAAGAAGAAGAAAAAGAAACAGAAAACUGCAGAACAAAAAGAGACUGAUGCCCAAGUAGACACUGCCAAUGAGGUCCAGGCUCCAUCUAAAAGAAAAGCCAAGAACUGGGCAGAUGCAGCUCUCUCAAAAACAGCAGGGCAGGACACCGAUGUAUCUGCAUGGAACGAGCUGUUUGUACCUGAACCUGUGCUAAAGGCACUGAGCAAACUUGGAUUUUCUGCACCUACACCGAUUCAAGCUCUUGCACUUCCUCCUGCCAUUCGAGAUUACCUGGAUAUUCUGGGUGCAGCAGAGACAGGAAGUGGAAAGACUUUAUCUUUUGGAAUUCCGAUGAUCCACCGUAUAUUAGAGUGGAAGAAAACCAUUGACAGUAAAAAUGCAGGUGCAGAUGGGAAAUCUGAUUCUGUGGCAGAAGUGGAGAGCAUUUACUUGCCUUCAGUCAGAGACUCAGAAUAUGACUCUGAGAAAGAUGUGUCCAUAGAGAAGUGCACUAAUUCUGGAGAGGCUGACGGGCAGCAGUCAAACAAGACGGGUGGAGACAAAGCAACAGCAAGCACAGACAAAGCCUCUGGUGCACAGAAUGACAAUACAGACGAUGAACAUGAGGAAGAGAAUCCUACAGAGGUUGAUGGUAGUGCGGACGGUCAAGAUGAGGAUGAUGAUUGUGGGUCUGUUGAUGACCAUCAAAUUCAAGAUGAUGAUGAUGGUGUACCAGCUGAUGAGGAAGGUGCAAUCCAGAGCAUGAGCUUUAAUACAAAGAGAGAAGAACAAGAUGAUGGAAAACAGCCUUUACUUGGACUUGUUCUUACACCGACCAGAGAACUAGCAGUGCAAGUCAAGCAUCAUAUUGAUGCUGUAGCACAGUUUACAGAUAUUAGAACUGCUCUUCUGGUGGGUGGGAUGGCACCACAGAAACAAGAUCGGAUGUUGAAGCGCAGGCCAGAGAUUGUCAUCGCAACACCUGGGCGCCUGUGGGAGAUGAUUCAGGAUAAACAUCCUCAUCUGCGCAACCUAAGGCAGCUCAGGUGCCUGGUCAUUGAUGAAGCUGACCGCAUGGUUGAAAAAGGUCAUUUUGCUGAGCUUGAGAACUUGCUGGAGAUGCUCAACACGUCCCAGUUCAACCCGAAGAGACAGACGUUUGUGUUCUCCGCUACACUGACCAUGAUCCACAGCCUCCCUGCCCGAGUGCUGCACAAGAAAGGAAAGAAGCUGGAGCAGCGCAGCAAGCUGGAGCUGCUCAUGGAGAAAGUGGGGAUCAAAGGCAAGCCUAAAGUGAUCGACAUCACUCGGAAAGAGGCCACAGUGGAGACGCUGACUGAAACCAGGAUCCACUGUGACAAGGAGGAGAAAGAUUAUUAUCUGUACUACUUCCUGCUGCAGUACCCUGGGCGCAGCAUGGUGUUUGCCAACAGCAUUGACUGCAUCAAGAGGCUUAAUUCACUACUUACUAUUUUGGAUUGCACCCCACUGCAACUUCAUGCUAAUAUGCACCAGAAACAGCGGUUGAAAAACCUGGAGAGAUUUGCAGAGAGGGAGAGCUGUGUCCUCCUCACGACGGAUGUUGCUGCUCGAGGGCUUGACAUUCCUGAUGUCCAGCAUGUCAUCCACUAUCAGGUCCCACGAACAUCUGAGACAUAUGUCCAUCGGAGUGGACGUACAGCUCGUGCUGCAAAAGAGGGUCUCAGCUUGCUCCUGAUUGGUCCAGAUGAUAUGAUGAAUUAUAAGAAAAUUUAUAGGACGCUGGGAAAGGAUGAGGAUCUUCCAGUGUUUCCUGUUCAGAGCAAAUGCAUGACUGCCAUUAAGGAACGUGUCAAUGUGGCAAGAAAAAUAGAAAAGAUUGAAUACUACAACAGCCGACAGAAGCAGCACAAUUCUUGGUUCAGGCAGGCAGCAGAGGAAAUGGACAUAGACCUUGACGAUGACUUGCUUUUGGGAGGAGACAGGAAUGAAGAGACUGAAAGAGUGCAACAGAAACAUGUGAAAGGCUUAAAGAAACACCUGAAGCACCUGCUCUCCCAGCCAGUCUUCAAAGCCCACAUGAAGACCAAAUACCCUACUCAGAUGGGCAGACUUCAGCUGCCUGAGCUAUCUUUCGCCAAUGAAACAGCUCUCGUUAGUGUGACCAACCAAAAACAAAAACAGAAACAAAAGAACCAGAAAGGGAAACGGCAGCAAAUGUAGUUUAUAUUUAU